AUGGCCAAAAACACGACCUCCAUCACAUACAGAAGUCAUCGCCCGGGCGACAUUGGCUACAUCACGUACCGCCACGGCCUCAUCUACCUGCAAGACCAGGGCUGGGGGUUCGAGGUGGAGAAGCUCGUGGCUCGGCUGGCCGCCGAAUUCCUCGAAAACUACGACCCGGAAAUAGAACGCUGCUGGGUGGCCGAAAGCGAAGGAGCGUAUCUGGGAUCGGUGAUGCUCAUCAAGGACCAAGAGCAAGUCAACACUGCGAGGAUCCGCCUGCUCUUGGUGGAACCCAAGGCAAGAGGACUGGGGCUGGGGAGAAGUCUGGUGGAGCAGGCAAUUGCGUUUUCGAGAUCCAAGGGGUACAGCCGUGUCGUACUGAAUACGCAGAGCGUCCUCAAGCCGGCGCGGAAGCUCUACCACUCGUGCGGGUUCAGGUUGACAAAAGGGCUGGGCGAGGGGAGCUUCACGGCGGGGUCGGAGAGCGAGGUCUGGGAGAUGGUGUUGGAUGGGUGA